CAUUAAGGAGCCUUCACGUAUGCAUCCUCUUGACGAGAAUCCUUAAAAGAAACUUAUCCCUCGUCCUUGUGAUGAUGAGGAAAAAAAUUUAGUGACGAAAGGCUCAUUUAGCUCAAACAAAAGAGAUCUAAUCAGCAAAUCCGAUUCUGGGGUAUGCAUCCAGAUUCAGAUAGUCGACACUAAUACUCUCGAAUAUUCAAAAAAUAAAACAGAAAAACGGUGAAAACCCCUUGGUUUGUUACCGUUCCACAAUCAGAACUAAAGGAUACUCUUUGACACUAUGAUCCUGAUAAUCAAAUUAUAAUGGAGUAUAUAUACCUGCUACUUCUCUUGUUGAUUGGGUCUGGUCUCUGCCGACCGGAGAACCGAGAUCUAGAAGAGGAACAAAAUGAUGAGGAAGGUGAAGGUGGAGAAGGAGGGGAAGAACCCAACGACCAGGGGGCGCCCGACUCCAGGCGGCCGCCGAUCAUAAAAACCCAGCCUAUGACCAUAACCGUCGAGAAGGGACAGACGGCAAUUCUACCAUGUGAAUUUCAAGAUUUGGGAAAUACACAGACCAUGUGGCUCAUGAAUAGCCAGCAAUUAUUCAUCGGAGCUUACAAAUUUGAUCAAAGUAACACAAGGUUCAAUUUAACUAGUAAACUGGAAGAAACAGGCAUUUAUAAUCUAAAAAUUACGAAUGUAACCUCAGCCGACGCCGGUAUCUGGACUUGCAAACUGCUCCUGACCCAAACACAUCAGCCACAUAUCUCACAUAAACUUGAAGUGAAGCUUCCUGCAGCUAUCCAAAAAAUUGAACCUUCCGGGGUACAUAAAGUACAAAAAGGUAGCCCUCUCCACUUGAAGUGUGAAGUAACGGGAUCUCCAAUUCCCGAAGUAAAAUGGAUUCACAAGCACAGGAGAGACUCGCGUCCUGUUGAGCAUCGAGGUGAUGAACUCACCAUCGCAAAAGUGGAUCGCACCGACUCUGGAUUCUACGAAUGUACUGCAGAUAAUGGACUUAAUGGCACUGAUCGUCCCAGUGCUACCGUUGAAGUCAUAGUUCUGUUUGCUCCUGAAAUUGCGGCCAAAAAAGACAUCAUAAACACCGCCGAAAAUACUGACGCAGAGCUCAUAUGUACUGUUCAUGGACAUCCUACUCCAAAAGUGACAUGGUUCAAAGAAAUGAAUGGUAAGGUGACUGAGGUCAUUGAUGACGGUUCUCGAUAUAAAUUAUCGAAUUCAGGAAAUCAACACAUUUUGACGGUUGACAUUAAUGACUCAUCAGACUUUGGAAAUUAUUCUUGCGUCGCGACGAAUGAAUAUGGUGAAACUCAGAGGAAAAUUGAAGUUUUUGGAACUCCUCUGGCACCAGUAAUUCAGCAAGUAACCAAUUCAACUAAGAACCCAUGGUCCAACUUCAAGUGGAAGAUCGUCAGUAGCUCUCCCAUUCUAGAGUAUGAGUUGAAAUACUGGAAAAGCACAAACCCAGAAAAGUUCCACACAGUUCGAUUGCCAGUCCAGAAUGCUGUCAGUGGUAAUAUUUAUGAGCUAGAACAUGCAAUUGCAGAUGUAGAAAAUACAAAGUAUGAAGUUGUUCUGAGGGCAAUGAAUACAUAUGGUUGGUCCAAGUUCUCCGAGAAACACUACUUUGCUGGAGUUCAAUCAGAUUCAGCAUCACCGGAUGUUUUGGAAAAUAUUAAAUCCAAGGAUGGAACUGGAGCAGGUGUCCGGUCAACAAUAUCAGCCCUAGUAUUGCUUGUUACCGUAGUGGCUUCUCUCUGCUGCUAGUCCCUGUUUCCAAUGAUUUAGCUACAGUAGCAAAUUUUGCUGAAACCGUUACAAGCUCUAGUUUACCAAGGUGAAUCCUGACCAAUAGCUGUCAUCGCUGUCAACUUUUCCUGUAGUGCUUCACGCACAAUUCAGUUAUUUAGUUUUUCAAUGGUCUGUGUCGAUUCAGUUCUAUCUCCUAUGUUUACAUUUUUCUUGUUAUUUAUGAUGUUAAAAUUUGAACUGGUGGAUUUUUGAUAACACAAAUGAUCUCGAAAGUCCUUUGAGAUAGUCGAGACUGCUUUUUUAUGUAUUCAGUGCCCUACAGUUUAUAAAAAUUGCAGAUGUCAAUUCUCAAUUAGAGGCAGAAAAAAGUUUUUGUUUUUUUUGGAAAACUGUCUUCUCGUAAACUUCAUCCGAAAAUUGUAACUAGGUACUCUUGUGAUUUGUGAUUUCUUGUUUCCCACCCGACUGAGCAGAUUUUUUGGAAUGUACUUAAUAUGCUAAUCGACUGAUAAAUUUGUCCUCUCCUAGCCUAUUGCUCAUCUUAAUUAUAGCAGUAUCAGAUUGUGAACUCCUUUAAUGGGAAGUUCGAAUUAAAAAUUACUCAUUGUUUAUUGGCCUGGUGAGAACCAAAAGUUCAAGGUCUCAAGUAGUAUAUCUAACUAAUACACUCACAGUGUAUUCACUCAUCACUCAUGCUUCUUAAAUCCCCCAAUUAUCAUCAAGGAUCAGGUGAUCUCUGUUUAACAUUUUUUCACUCUUUGGUUCAAAAGGAACAAGCAGCUGAGCUAAUUUGAAUUUUAUUACCUCAAUGGUAAAUGUAAAGAAAUACCAUAAAAAAUCUAAAAAAAAAUUAAAAAAUCUAAUAAGAAGUACAUACAAUGAAAAUGCGUAAUCACCCAUUUAUUCAAGACUAUCAUGGUGACAUUAUUGAUUUGGAACAAAAUUCAGUAGGCUUCAAAGUUUAGGUAAGCGUUAAAAAUUAUCCAAGCAGUUCAGUUUUAACGAAACACAUUGUAAAUAUACCUACCAAAAAUGUUUUAGUUUCACUAGUGAUUGAGCUUCUGAUUUAUAAUUUGUAUUUUAAUAUCUGUUCACUUGUAUGUGUAUAUAUGUAAGUAUUAUUUUAAAUAACUUGUUUCUCCUUUUACAAAGAGAUAAAACUGGCGUAAUAUGAUAAAGAUGUCAUAGGUAUACUGCCUGUGCACACCUACCCCUUAGAGCAGGCUAAGCAUCAACUGUUCAAUUCGGACCUUAAAAAGCGUAUCAUUAAAAUGUAUAGGAGUUAAAAGACCCUUUUUUUUCUUUUUAAGAAAAAUUUAGGCGACAGUUGGAAAAUGUUAAGAAAAAAUUUUGGCAUCAAAGUUUUGUACAAAUGCAUUUUGCCUUUUUUACAGCGUCCUCUAGUGCGCUUUGCAAUUCCCACCUGCCACAGUAAAUUUUAUUAAAUUUCAAAAAUCACUUACAUUAUAGGUAAUAUAAAACACAAAAUAUGCAAAAUGUGUGACGUCAAAAACUAAAAUUAAGGGUUUUCCAACUCAGAUAUUUUAAGGGCUUUUUAAGUGUUUUGUAUUUGAAAUGUUUUUACAAGUUUUGAAAAUGUUUUCUAAUUUCUUUAAAAAGUAAAGCUGUAAGGGUCGUAAACCAAUUGAAACUGGUAACAUCUGCAUUUGUAGGGAAUCUUUAUCAAUUUUCGUCUUUGCUUCAUCAAUAUAAAUUCCAAGCGAAGACAGAUCAAGGGUAAAAUGAGCAUUGAAUAGGAAUUUCUUGUGACUUCUCUUCAUUUGGAACAAAUUCUCUAGUAGGAGUAUGUAUCACCACAAUGUGGGAUGGAAAAACCAUUUAAAUUCUCUUAAUUGGCAAUAGGCAAUUGCUUAUCUGUUUUGAAUUUUUUUUAACAAUUAAGAAUUAUUUUUUAAUUUAUUUUUACUGCAUCUCUCCAUCUCCAUGGGGUUGCCAUUUAUUCAACAACUUUUGUAAGGUACAUUAUCUCAGAAGAAAAGGGGAAAUUAUUAUUAGUGCCUGGCAUCUAUUUUAAUUAUUGAGUCUGUAAUUUGAACCACAGCUAAACUUAUGAAAAGAGACUGAUUUUUGGAUGAAUGUUAGUUAAUCGCGGAGAUGAUCAGAAUGCCUAAGCGUUGUCUGUAGAGAUCAAUUUUAAUUUGCUUUGCCUCUGAUCUAAACAAAUCUCUGCAACAUAAAAUAAUUUGUUAAAUGGAGGGUUUUUUUUUUUCUAUGGGAAAAUUUCAAAAUUAUUUGAUGUCUCAAUUCCUGAAUUUAUUCUUAGGUCUUUAUUUUGCCUCUUAUGUGAUAGCUCCCCAAUCAGUUUUAGAAAUUUAUCUCUUUAUUUUAGGAGUAAACUAUUUUUGUAAAAAUUCCUAACUUAACCAGGUAUAUAUACCUCUUUUCAGUAUCUGCACGUACCAAGCUAAUUUAAACGCAUUAUUCUUUUGUUUAUUCUCCAUGGUCCAUUUUUUUUCCAACUUUUUUUAGUCAUGAGCUUCCUAGAUCAAGUUUUUCAAUUUUUAAUUAUUUUUAACUUUCCAAAUGAUUGUUGAUUCAUUUGUGGCUUCACCAAGAGAAGAUGUAAGAAAUGUCUAUUUUCUUGCAUUGCCUUUUCAGAAAAAAAUAAGUUUUUGUCCAUCUUCAUGUUAUUCUUAUUUAAGGCAAGUCAUUUAAUCCUCUAUGUAUGUUGUUUUGAAUAUAUUUUGCAAAGAAAUCAGAAAAGUGCCUUCCUAAUAGCUUAUUUCAUACAUCUCAAUACUUCAAGUAAUUAGGAAAACCGAAAGGAAAUCUUCACUCACUUGACUUACUGAAUUAUUUUAUUACAUAAAUUAGUCAUUCGAUUGCACCCAGUGAUACCCACAAUUUUACUGUAUCUGUAUUUAGUCUCUACAGACUGAUGUAUUUUGUCAGUAACUUGUUCAACCUUCGCCUUUCCACAAAUUGCUCUUUUAUAAUUUUCAAAUAUGUGGACCAAUAGUGGAUUUUUCUGCUUUAAUUUUUCAUUUUGAUAAUUUUUAGCAAGUCAUAAUAUUGCCUUUUCUUCUCUUUUGCUGAUACUCAGUUGACAUUGAGGUCUCUAGCAGCUAUUCCUUUCAAGCUGCUUUCACCUUUGGAAUAAGAACAUUUUUCAGAAAUCAAGACAAUGAUGAAAAUAUCAGAAUCCAUAUUUUUGUAGUACAUGUUUCGACCAUAUAUAUAUUUUUAAAAUAUAGGAGAACAUGCAGACUUGGAUAUUUUUUUGAUGUAUCGUCCUCAGUCAUUGUUAAUGUAAGUUUUUUCCCCUCCAAAUACCAUUGGUAAUGACAGACUAAUUUUCUUUUUGAUCUUAUGUACAGGCAACUCCACAGUAAAUUUGUGUUAUUUUAAAACUCUUUUUUCUCUCAAAACUACAAAUAUGAAUAGUCUUUUAAAAAAAUGUGUCACUUGAUAUCGUUGAAUACCUGAAUGCAACCUUUAUGCGAUCUCCGUUCUUCAAAUAAGUUGAAGAAAGCACCCAUUCCCAAUGCUAUACUCACUUUAUAUUUUAUCCUAAAAUAAUCCAUGCUGAUAAAGAAUGCUCUUCACAAAGAAGUAGCUGCAGCUAACUCAUUCUUAAUUCGCAUUGAAUACAUUGUCCUAGAGAACAAAAAUUAUUAGAAAAUAAAAUUAAUCAUUGCCCAAACAUAAUACUGAAAAAAAAAUUUUGGAUGGAGAUACCUGUUACAAUACCUCAACGGAUAUACCUACCUCCUGUCGGUGUGUGUAGAUGAAAUGUGCGCACACUAAUAUUCUACUCUGUAAUACUUAGUCGGUGUUUGUAAUUAUUAUAGGAAUUACUAUGUGCCCUACUAGCUACCUAAGUAUUUAAAUACCCAGUGAAACUUACAAGGGAUAGAUAGAAAGGAUAAAGUAGAUGACCUUUCUCUCUAUUAAAAAAUCUAGUUGCAGCUUGAGUGGGGCGGGUAUAUACCUAAUUAUUAAAUAAUGUAAAAAUAUGUAAGAACUGUAAAUUUUGAUUAACUUUAAUCCAUGGUUUACAAGUAAUCUGUAGUUUUAUGCGGCAGGCAAGACUGAAUGAGGAAAUACUUCAAAAAUGAGACCAGCUAAACUUAGUUAGAAAUAUUUUGCCAUGUCUGGAGGUGAAGGAAUAGCUAUUAAUUCCUGCACAAAAAAGUUUAAAGAAGUCCUUUAAUUCUAACUUCAUUCAGUCACUUAUGUCCUCAAUUUUGAAGAAUUUGAUCACAAUUAGUUUGCAAUUUUAAGAUAAAUACUAUCCCCACCGCCCAAUAAAUAUCUUGUAUGUAUCUCAUUCCUAGAAAAUCAAUUUGUCAAAGAGGAAAAUUAUCACCUUAAUGUUUGGUGGAAAUGAAUUUUAGUAGGUACCAAGAGGUGGAUGGGAAAUACUGGUAGACAACAAAAUUUUUGUUGAAAGACAUCUGAUUCAUUGACGACUUUUGAUGAAGAACCAGACAUGUACCAUUCAAUCUAUUCUGACUAAACUUUGUCAUUUCGGAAAAUCUUUUCUAUUUUUCCUUGGUCUAUGCAUUGGGGAAAAAAAGUGCGAAUCUCACUUUUUAAGUUUUUCCUCAGCCAUGCUCACAGUAAAACUGAUGUAAGGCUGUAGUGUAAAUUUGUAAUUAAUUGUUGAACAGGAUUAUUGUUCAAUUAAAAAUAAAUGGGAUAUUGUACAUAAAGUUUAAGUUAUGAUUGCCUAAUCAUGUAUCAUUGCACUCUAAAAUUAUGCGUAUGCGUGUGUGUAAUUGUACAUUGGAAGUAGACUCUUAAUUUUUAACUUGUGUUGAUAGAUGAAAGUGUGAGCCUUAGAAGGGUCGAAAGUAAACAGACAAAGAAAAAGAAAAAGUUUUCUUUACUGAGGCAAAUAAACACCUCCUGAGUGGAAUCCUUUUAAUAGAGAGAACGAGUUAGAGAAGUGUUUUAAAAUUUUAUUCAUAAAAAACUAUACAAUUUUUACGAUUAAGUUGCGAUAUCUGUCAUAAUCUCAGCAAUUCUAGGUGAAUUCAAUAAAUCCUAAAAACAAAUCAACUUCAAAGUAUAGGGCAAAUAUUUUUAGGCAGCCGAUUCAUUGAGUUACUGGAGUAAGUUUUAUCUCCAAACAUUUGAAUUCUAGAUUUUGCAUCACCAAUUUAUUAAAUCCGAUCUUCUAUCUGAGAGGUAUCCUCCUCUUUUGAUGGCGAACUACGCAACACUAGAUUGCUAUUUUACUUUUUCAAGGAAGUAGUGUACUAUUAUACUCAAAACAGAAAAAUAAGACUUUGUCUGAAGUAACGAGUCACGGAAAUUCAAAUUUUAUGGAAAUUUAUUUUGCACUCUUCUCGUCUAUCUUUCUCUUUUCUGAAGAGAGUGAAGGAUGUGUUUCUCUUUUAAAUCAACUCAACUUUAAUCCAACUGAUUUUGGCUCCAUAUUCAUGUAACACUGCAGAUAAAUUUGUUAUUCUUUUAAUUCUCUGUCAAUUUUUUUCAUUCCCAAAUUUUAUCAAAAAGUGCAAGUGACUGCACUUGUUCAUUCUUUGAAUUUAUUUGUUAGGUGAUACUUUUUUAAUUGUUUUCAUUAUAAUGCCUCCGAAUCGAUGGCAUAAGUCGAACUAUGCGGAUCUUACCUAAUUGCAAAAUUCAGAAACCUUCCAUUACCCACCUAGGUUUUAUUUCUUUAAAAGAAAACUGAGGAAAAUAUUUCCUUGAAAUUUGUUUUAAAUGUUUUUCAAUGAGUGAGUAGAGUUCACAGAAAAUUUUAUGAAGAACUGUUGAUAAUUUUUCUUUAAAUAAUUGAUAAAUAGUAAGCUGAGGCUUGUGACGUUGUAGUCAGAGGUAUGCAUUUUUUUACUGUGUGCCCGUCAAUAUAUAUGUUCAUUCGAACCAAAGACUUAUUUCCUCAGUUUUUUUUUCAUUUUUUGAAAAGUUUGCAGGAUAGGCUAUAAUUAAUUGAUAGCCUGAUUAAUUUCUAUUUUCUUUGUUUUCUUUCAAUUCAGGCAUUGUUAGUUUUUCUUCCAUCACCCUCUGAAUUUAAUCAAUUAAGGGUCUACUUUUUUAUUUUAUAUUUUAACCAAUUUUAAUUUUAUAAUUGUCAUUUAACUUUAGCAAUUUUGUACAAAUAAUUUAUUAUCUUACCUAUCUGUUGUUGAUAAGUAAGUACCAAUCAAUGAAUCUACAUCUUGAAUCCAGAAAUUAUGAACCAUCUCGGGUUCUAAAACCGAAAAUUCAAUAAUUUUUGUUUCAAUUUCUACAUCAAUGUAAAUCAAAAUUUUUCAAUCAUAGAAAUUAUCGUGGAGUCUUUGCUGUUUUGCUUAUUUUUUUUUGUUCAUAGUACAAUCAAAUUAAUAAACUAUCUCCAAAAACA